AUGAAAAGAGAAAGACCAGAAACGCCAUCACAAGAAGAAGAAAUCGCGAGGUUAGAAGAAGAAGUUGGUCGCCUCAAAGUGUCGCUUCGAAGCCUUGAGGACAAAGGUGUACUUUCAGCCUGUGCUCAUGAAGUUCAGCCCAUUUUGGAUGAUCUCAGACAAGAGAUUGCUGGUCUAAAGUCCUCGCUCGAAGUUGUCCAAGCUGAAGUAUCCGAUUUACAAUUAAUGGCCAGCUUCGAAUUCCAACACGUCAGAGCCAACCAGAUGGCUAUCCAAAAGGUCGCGGACGCCACUGGUAACUCCCAUAUUGAUACCGAGGAGGAGAUAGAGGUUUUUACCGAAGAACGUCAUCAAUCGUAUUUCUUCACUCGUGAUCAAUCUCUAGGAGGUAAUGCUGCUGGAGGCGACCAGGUUCCUGUAUCCGAUCCACACCUUGGAUCGUGA